AUGGCUUCUAGGAUCAAGGGCCUUAAAAGGAUGCCCCCCCCCAUCCCUGGUUGGUAUAACUUAAUCUUCAUCAUUGUCAUGGAGAAGCCACAAUCUCUUUUCCUUUUUGUACUUCUGUUAGUAGUGCACUGCCCAUGCUUGUUGGUCAUAUCUUCUCCUUCCAACUUCACUGAUCAAUUUGCUUUGCUUGCCAUUAAAUCCAAACUCACAUUUGACCCCACCAAUACUGUUUUGGGUGGUAACUGGACCAACAAAACAAGCUUCUGUAAUUGGAUUGGGGUCUCUUGCAGUAGACGCAGGCCAAGAGUCACAGCCUUGGACCUCUUCUACAUGGGGCUCCAAGGCACCAUCUCCCCUCAUAUUGGCAACCUCUCCUUUCUUGUCUCACUUAAUCUCCAGAAUAACAGUUUCACUGGAUUCCUGCCACAUGAAAUCAGUCGUUUACGUCGCUUGAGGAUACUCAUCCUUCAAGAUAACCAGUUGCAAGGAAACAUCCCUCCAACUUUACAUCAUUGCCAGAAGCUUGAGAUCAUCCUCCAUUAUUGGCCUAAUAUUCAAAAAAUUCGUCUUUCUUUCAACCAACUCAGUGGCCACUUGCCCUCCGCAAUAGACGAAUGUAGAAAGCUUGUGCACUUGCGUUUAGCAGACAAUAGGUUUGUGGGAAGUAUUCCAGAAACAAUUGGGAGUUUACAAAAUCUGGAAAUCCUUGCUCUUAGCUUUAAUAGCCUAACUGGCAGCAUACCUCCCACCAUAGGUAACUUGUCGAGCUUGAUCGAACUCAAGAUAAGCUCUAGUAACAUUACAGGAAGCAUUCCGAGGGAUUUGGGACAUCUUUCGAAUAUACGUAGUUUGGAAUUUUCCUCAAAUGGCCUAACAGGUGCAAUACCUCAAGAAAUUUUUAACAUCUCCUCUUUACAAGAAUUGCACGCUCAAAAUAAUUCGCUUUCUGGAACUUUUCCUUCAAUCGCUGGAGUUUGGCUUCCUAACCUACAAAUUCUCGACCUUGGUUUCAAUCAAAUUACUGGAAAUAUCCCAUCCUAUUUUUCAAAUUUUACUAAGCUUUCCCUAGUUCAAAUGAACACAAACUUACUCUAUGGAUCCAUACCACUGAAUCUUGGCAGCUUAAAGCACCUCAAAAUCAUUAGUGUGGCAGAAAUUUUACUAAGCUUUCCCUAG